AUGUCCCCAACUCCAACCAAGCUACAGCAAGUCAAGGCUUUCGACGGCCGUGACGCCGUCCUCAGAGCCCUCCGUGAGGACGGGGCUGUCAUCAUCAAGGGCCUAUUCACCAAUGACCAAGUUCGUCGUCUAAAUGAAGAUGUGCAGCCCGCUAUCGACAAGCUCGGGGUGGGCUCUAAGCGCUCAGACGAAUGGCUCCAGGACUUUCACGGUGACAACACCAAGCGAUUAAACAACGUGGUCACGCUGAGCAAGACUUUUCGUCACGAGAUGCUGGAGAACGACUUGAUCCACCAACUGUGCGAGGCCAUCUAUCUGAAAGACGCCGGUGGAUACUGGAUGAACUCAGCCCAAGUCAUCGACAUCGGCCCGGCCAGCAAGGCCCAGCCCUUACACCGCGACCAAUGGCAGUUCCCCAUCUUCACGCACUGCGGGCCCGACGCGCCCGAGGCGAGCAUCAACUUCGUCGUAGCGCUGACCGAGUUCCGCGACGAGAACGGCGCCACCCGCGUGAUCCCCGGCAGCCACCGGUGGAGUGAUCUGCGAGACAACGGAACCCCCGAAGACACCAUCCCCGCCGAGAUGGAGGCCGGCGACGCCUGCUUCAUCACCGGGAAGGUGGUGCACGGCGGUGGUGCCAACCGCACCACCGACGUCACGAGGAGGGGCAUCACCCUCGUUUUUCAGUGCUCAUACCUCACGCCAGAAGAGGCAUACCCGUUUCUGGUCGACAGCGAGCUGGCCAGAACACUCACCCCCCGCGCUCAGCGCAUGAUUGGUUUCCGAUCCCAGUUCCUCAAGGACAGCCCGGGAGUGUGGAAGCGUGAUUACAGCCAAGUGGAUGAAGUUUAUUGUUAG